AUGACAGGCUGCACCCUGGUCUUCGGUCACCACCGCUUCCUCCUCCUCCUCCUCCUCCUCCACACAGCAGCUAGAGUCCUCUUCCAAGACCUCAGCGGCCUGCCCUGGUUCAUAAAUGUCUCUGAGAGCCAGGGUCCGGGCACUGUCCUGCAGCCGUUCUCCUUCAACUGCUCCUCCUCCACGGCCAGCCUGGAGUUGCUCAGCGUGCAGCCACCCACCACCUUCUUCAAUCCACCCAGUCUGACCAGGUGGCAGGGGAGCUACGUGGGCAAGGUGACCUUGAGCAGCUCAGCUCGGCUGGACGCCCUGGAGGUGAACCACUAUGAGCUGCAGCUGCAGUUCACGUGUGGCAACCAGGUGACGCGGGGGCCACUCUCUGUGGAUGUGCAGCGGGACCCCAGCCGUAUCCGCUGUGCUGGUCGGUUUGCCAGCCCAGCUGGGGAAACCAUUCAGGUGCUGGAAACAGUCACGCCUGGGGCCCGGCUCUACACUCUGCUACUCCCAGGCUUAGAACUCCAGGGCGCUCAGAUGAGCAUUAUCAGUGCUCAGGACCCCCCACACUUCCCUGGACCUUUCUCCAUCAACGAGCAGGGAUGGCUGCGAGCACCGCCUCAGGGCCUCAAAGGCCAGGCUCAGAAGGUCUUCCAGCUGCGGAUCUCAGUAUCCCUUAGACAAGGCCAAAGCUGCCAAGGGAUGGUGACAGUGAAGGUUUUGCCUGCUCCCUCCAGCCAGGUCUCUUUCCUGCAGCAGGCCCAGAAUAUCACCAUUCCUGAUAACCUGGACCCUGGGAGAGAGGUGUUUCACGUCCAGGCACGGGGCUCCGACGUGCGCUACGAAAUCCUCUCCCCGGUGCCCAGCCCGUUCUACUCCAUCGGCCGCGCCGACGGCGUGAUCCGGACCACUGCGUCCCUGGAGCUGGCUCGUGCCCCAGACGCGGCAGUCACCAGGCUGCAGGUGAAGGCUUUUGAGCGGCUCCAGCCGUGGGCCGGCGCUGAGCUCGAUCUCACAGUGAUCGUUCAGGCGGCCAACCACUGGCCCCCACGCUGCUUCCCGGCACUCCUGGUGACUCAGAUCCCUGAGACUGCACCUGUGGGCAUGGUGCUGCGCACGCUGGACUGCACUGACCCGGACGCUGCUGACACCAUCCUCAACUACCAGCUGUGGUUCCACAGCUCUCUCAGCCCUGCCAGCCUUCGCCUUCGAGACAGUGCCCUGGAGGUGAAUGCCACCCUGGACUGUGACGCUCCUGGGGCCUGCAUGCAGCUUGCAGCCUCCAUCCUGGUGCUUGAUGGUGGUCAGCCCCAGAUGACCAGUGAGUGUCCAUGCCCAGGACAGGGCUUCCCCAUUCCCCACUUCCCAUCUGCAAAACAAUUUCUCUCCCUCUUUAGAAACCAAUGGGGCAGGAUCCUCUCCAGUGCAGACCGCAGGGGUAUCUUAGACUCCAGCUGGGGUGGGCUUUCUUCUCCAGUCUCCCUCCAGACCAUCUCCCUCCUUGGGCCCCCAGGGCAGGGCUGGGCAUCCCAGGCCAGAUUUCUGACUGUCAGAUGGCCCCCAGCUGAGGUGCCAGUAUUGGUGAUGGUGACACCCGUCAAUGAGUUCUCCCCAGCCUGUGUGCCACAAACGUUCCGGGUUCGGGAGGAUGCAGGGCCCCACACUCUGCUGGGCUCCGUGGUAGGCACAGAUCUGGAUUACCCACACAACAGCAUUGAGUACUACGUCUCAGGUGGGCCUGCCACCUUCGCCGUGGACCGUCUCAGUGGAGAGGUUCAGCUCCUGGGGCCUCUGGAUUAUGAGCAGCAGAGGUUGUACAGGCUGGCUGUCCUGCUGAUUGACCAAGGCCAAGACCAGGACCCCACUUACCAGCGCUCAGGCUCCUGUACCAUUACCAUCGAGGUGGAGGACGUGAAUGACCAAGCCCCUGAGUGUGAGCCCCCCUUUCAGGAACUCACCAUCUACCCUCCCCCGGGCCGUAGCGUGGAGGUGACUAAGAUGUCAUGCCAGAUCCCCCAGGAGCCCCAGCGCCUGGCCUUCUCCUACAGCAUCGUGAGAGGGAAUAGCCAGAGGCGAUUCAGCCUGCAAGGGGCAGUCCUCAUGCACAGUGGCCCUGUGUUGGGGCUCCUGUGGCCAGAGCAGCCCCGUACCUAUGAGCUGCUUAUCCGUGUGGUGGACACAGGCCCCUCCAGCCCCCACCUCAGCACCACAGCCACCGUUAUUGUGCAUCUCGUUCCCUGGAGGGCCAGCACAGUGGCUACCAGCACCCACAGAGCCACAGUGAGGGUUUCCUCAACGAUGACACCCCUGCUUGUGACAAGCACAGAGGUUGUCUGGCAGCCAGAGCCCUGGUUUGUGGUGGUACUGACAGCGACUGGUGUGCUUGUCCUCUUGGCUCUGAGCUGGCCCCUUAGCAAGCUCACCCAGGGGUUGACCCAAGUGCUGCAGGCACCAAGCAAACCAGCCCAGGCCCUGUGGCUGAACAGCAUCCAGGGAGCUGACGGGUCCUUUGAAGGGUUCAUGGAGGCACCGAGGAUGGAGCUGCCCCAGGCACCAAACGGCAUCAUGAGCUUGCAGCAUUUUGAUGGCAGAGCACAGGACUCUUCCCAAACCCUUUUACACAGGGGCCCUCAGCUCAACUCAGGAUUUCCUGCUACCACCAAGCACCUACCACCUGCUUUUUCCUGAAUGGGGUAUGCUCUCACCCCUACUCACCCUUCAGCCAAUUUGUGCCAAAUACCAGUGGGACCUGGUCCUGUCCAUGGUGGGAAGGGAGAUGGUGGUCAGGGGAGAGGCCCUCAGAGGCACCAGUGGCACCAGUGAAUGGUGACAGAGAAGUCUGAUGCUGGCCUAGGGAGCCAGUGUCCAGUUAUAGAGGCUCAGACCUGAGAAUCCGCUGAGGGGGAAGGGGGAGGACAGGGUGAAUCCCAGGCGAGGAGGAGGUCACAUCAAGGGUCCUGGAAUGUCUUCGCUUCCCCUUGGGCGGGGGACAGUUCUGCUGAUGCCAGCAGGGCCCUCCCCCUCUUCCUGUUAUCUGGGCUUGGGUACAGGCCGAGACCACCUGUUCAACAUGCACACCAGAGCCCGGCGCUGGUUCUGAGGCCAAGCAGCUGCUCCACUAUGGGUGGAAUUUCUUUUUCCCGUGAUCAUGGGCUAUGUUUCCAAGUUGAUUCAAUAAUAAACAAAAUUGC